UUAACAUUUAACAUCUGGCCGACUGUAUGACUAGGUCGCUGGUGUAAACAAGUUGGCGCUGUAUAGACCGAGCCACACAGCACAGCGAGACGAUCAGUCAGUCGUGUACUAGCGCCACACAGCACAGGAUGACUACUGCCUCGUCCACCUGUAGUGGUGCUUACCCUCGCUCGCCCUCCCCGGGGGAGCUUAGUCCGGAUCCCGACACUCACGGGCGCGUGUUGGAUUCUAAGAAAAUGUUUCAAAUAUCGGAUGUUAAUAGUUCACCUAUGAAGAAAAACAAAAGGAAACGGAGUGAACCAAGGAAAAGAACGGACUUUAGUAUUAAACGGUUUUGUCCAGAUAGUCCAGGAGGGGGUAGUGCUGGGUCAGAGAGUGGUCGGAGUAGUGAGGAUGUUCAGGAGGAUCCUCCGGACACUCCUGAUCGGUCAAACACUUCAUCUGAACAGGAAGUUUCCUUACAAGGUCCUAGUGAUUCUAACAUUACACCACCUGUUGUUCCUCAUGGGAUGUUUCUGUUUCCUGGACAUUUUCCUCCCAAUUAUCUUGUUCCUAAUCUUCAUUACAAACACCCAGCUUUCCUCCCUAAUGGAACUGGCUACGGUAGGAUGGAUUUAAUUAAUAGUGCUAAUAUUCAAAGGGAUUCUCAACAACAGCAACGUCAACAGCAACAACAACAACUUCGUCAUCAUGAACAUCAUAACGAGAUGGAGGAAAAUCAGGAUUACGACGAAGAUGACUAUAUGAACGAUGGUAAUAAAAAUGGUAAAAAGACCAGAAAAAAUUAUAAGAACAUGACACGAGAAAGGCGUGUGGAAGCAAAUGCACGUGAAAGGACAAGAGUUCAUACAAUUAGUGCAGCAUUUGACAGCUUACGCCGGGCUGUCCCGUCGUAUUCUUACAAUCAGAAACUCUCUAAAUUAGCAAUUUUAAGGAUAGCCAGUAGCUAUAUCAAUGCUCUGGGUAGACUUGCGGACAUUGACUACAGCAGUAGUUCUAGUAGUACUGCUUCGUCUCCAACUAAUAGUGAUUUGUCCUUUUCCGAAUUAGUGGAUGUGUGUACUCGGACGAUACAGACAGAAGGACGGGCUAGACGCCGACACUAGUCACAAUAUAAGUAUGUAUGGUAACACAAGUGGGUGGAAGAGAAGUACGAGGAAUGUAUGUUAGGUUUGCAUCAGACAAAUAGAUAUGGAUUAUAUUUACAACACAAGUAGAUAUUGGGAGAGAAAGGGGAGCUAGAUGGAGCCGCGAGGCCGCCAAGUGAACACCUCUGUGCUAGGGAAUGGAACAUCUGGACAACAUGCUUCUAUGUUUAGCAGACGACGUAUUCUAUAUACAAGUGAGUAGGAACCACCGACUGCUGAUCCUAACUGAUAAUGUCCAACUAGAUCCCCAGAUGGCAACACGGCUGUAUAAUCUGAUAGCGGCGCUUUGCGCAGAGGAUGUGUAUGAAAUGGUGUAGAAACGUCAUUUACGAGGGGUGCGCAAUGCAGAACCUGUGUUGAAAGCUAAACUCUGACGCUGCCAAAUUUUCGACAUCAAGACUUCGCCAGAUGUUUUGUUUCUUGCGUUUCUGUGAUAUUUUUACAUUUUACUUAAGUCCUACCUGUUUUUGAUUUGAAAUACUUUAUUUCUAUAUGUGAGUAAAGAAAUAACUUUUAUGUUCGGGAAGGAAACAGCUGAGAUUUGGAUAGAUCUUUAUCGAUAAGAAUUAAUUACUGAGAGACGUCUCCCGAACAUGGGCUGUGAACUGAACAAUAUGUUAGCUUCUAGAAGUCGAAGUGUGUUCAAUGAAUUAUUGAUUCAGUUCUUAGUUGAUGUGUGUUUUGUUAAAUGGUGCUAGAUUAAACGUACAAAACUGCUGAAUA